AUGCCGCAUUCCAGUCCCAAGGAGCUGAUAUGCUCAUCAACCGAGUCACCGACAGAGCUCGGCAGUUUAGCAGAGACCAAGCGAAAAACGUCAAUGCACGCAAUUGAGGUCGAACGAGGCUCGGCAACGUUCGGAUCGCAAACCAACAAACACAAACGAGAGAAAGCUAAAGGGACAAGCAGCCUCAACGGAGCCACGCAAUCUCAAGACUUUACAAACAUGGUGACGGGAGAAACCAAAGAAUCCGACAUCUUGGAGGGAAAUAGCGAAACAGGGCCUGUGACGCCAAGGAUGGCUCAUGAUUCCAUGGUCACAGUAAGACUAUCGGAGCCGCCUUCUCUUGCUCUCAGCAACACAUGUGCCAUGUCCAACACGAGGCUAGCCCUGACUGCAUCGCCGGUCCCGGAAGAAGAUCCAGUGGGGGUGGUCGAAGAAGUCGGUCAUGAUAAAAUGGUCCGCGGAGAGAUUCAAGACAUGGCGCCGGAACCGUUACCCAUUGCUACCACUCGCAGCCUCGGAGAUGAACUAGGAAAAUACAGCACCGAUGAUGAUGAAUCCGACUUCUCCGAUGACAAUGAGGAGGUAAACUGGGAACAGCUCGAGAAGACAGAGGACGAGCAAUCAAAGGACGAAGAAUCUGAUAACUCAACCGCCCUUCUCCUGGCACGCCUGGAACAGGAAAACGCAAAGCUGGCGACGAACCCCAAGAGCGUCAAGGUGCGUAACGUGGAGAAGCGGUCAUCCCACAAGCCAAGACCACCUUCAAUGGCACAAUUGCAAAAGAUGGUCAACGGGCCUGCACCUGCGGCUCUGCGAUAUUCCAUGCUCCCCCCGCCACCCAUGACCGACCUCGAAUUCUAUGCCGCUCUCGUCAAAGACUACCAGCAAACGGCAGCUCGCUUGCCGACUCUCUUGUCCAACAAGAUCCGCAAAGGAAUCCCACCGCCAUUGAGAGGAGUAGUAUGGCAAAGCAUGUCUGGUGCCCGCGACUCUGCUCUCGAGGAGCAGUAUGACCGUUUCUGUGGCGAAUCAAGCCCGUACGAACUCAUCAUAGGUAAAGAUCUUGGUCGCAGUUUCCCCGGGGUCGACAUGUUCCGAGAUCCAGAUGGUGAUGGACAGCGUAUGCUCGGAAGAGUGCUCAAGUCCUUCAGCCUCUAUGACACCAAGAUCGGCUACUGUCAAGGGCUCGGGUUCCUCGUGGGACCUCUGUUGAUGCACAUGCCUGAUAAGCAAGCAUUUUGUGUUCUUGUUCGACUCAUGGAGAAGUACGACCUACGAGCCUGUUUUCUGCCAGAUUUGUCGGGAUUACAUGUUCGCAUCUAUCAGUUCCGGGAGCUCUUACGACUCAAUCUACCCGCUCUUUCGAGCCAUCUCGAAGAUAUUCAAGUCGAAACCGCCUAUGUCUCGCAAUGGUUUCUGAGCUUCUUUGCUGUGACGUGCCCAUUACCGAUGCUAUUCCGGAUAUACGACGUUAUAUUUGCGGAGGGAGCUUCGGAAACAGUCAUGCGGGUCGCACUGUCCCUCAUGAGGAAGAAUGAAGCACGCCUUCUUGCCUGUACAGAGUUGGAAGACGCCAUGCAGCUUCUCCUCUCUCGCGGACUAUGGGACUGUUAUCAUUACAACGCCGAUGAGUUUGUUCAAGACUUUGCCAGCCUGAGCAGCUCUGUGACGAGGGAGAAGCUCUCGCAGCUGGAGCAAGCAUAUAGAGAGUCGCUCAUUGCCACAGCCAAUGCAGCUCGGGCCUCUGAUAUCACCACUGCCGCUAGCCGCUUUCUUGGGCGGAUUUGGGCCUCAACAAGCAAGAACAGCACCCUUUCCCCAGGUACGGCUGCAGCACCUACUCGACCACUGAGCAUGCUUCGUCGCAGCACGUCAAAGCAGAGCAUCGCCUCCACCCUGAACUCAAUGGAAGCAAGCUCGGAGAGCGUGAAUAGCUUUGGCUCGACCAUUGCAUCUACCCUCUCUCGAGACUCUGCGAGCCCCGAAGACGAAUCAUAUAGCCGAGAAGCGACACCUGUCGGUCGAAAAACGCUGGCCGCCGUCAAGACUGCCGAGGAAAGAUAUCUACAUAGCCAGAUUGAGGAUCUCCUCACAGCUCUGAGCGAGCUGCAAAGGAACCACGCUCUUUUAACGAGCCAGUUGCAGUCGGAGCGAGAAGAACGCGAAGAAGAUCGAAAAGCUGUUCGAUUGCUGCUGGACGGCUUGCGCAAGAGAGCAAAUAACCAGGGUCAAGCAGAAGACAGAAUGGCGGCUCAAGCCCCGCAACGGGUACCGGUUGCUGCUGCCGCCGGAUAUAACGAUGAUGAUCCGACAUCAACGACUGGGGAGCCAGAACCGGUGACAGAUGCAGAGACCGAGAAGACCGACGACGCUCCGUCAACAGAAGAUUUGUCAGAGUUACUAGAUGGGGUCGAGAGGCGUUUUGCUGUUGAGAAGAGGAAACAUCGAUCAUCCUUGAUCCAGUCCAAGGCGCAGGUGCGUGAUGAGUUGCUCAAAACCAAAGACCAGCUUGCCACUGCCGUUUCCCACUCUCAGGAGCUAAGCCGUCGGAUCCACGACAUGGAUCAAGACUUGUCCUCUCUGAGAGAACAACUACGGGAAAGACAUGUAUAUGUACGAAGCCUCCAUCAAGAUAAUCAGCGACUCGAAAAGCAACUGCAUGUGACAAGGGCUAGGGUCUCGAGCAGUUCGGUAUGGGAAGCUCACAACCAAGAUGCUGAUGUGGACUGGGCGGGGAAAGGGAAGAAUGGUGGUUUGCGGGAACUCAAACUUGGGCGACGCAAUUCAACGCCAACUCACGGUCCUGUCUGCAGUACGAGAGUCUCAUCCCUGCCACACAUACAGGAUUCUCCUCUUGGCAAGACAUUGGAGGGGCCGACAUGCCCCCUUGACCACGAGGCAUUACUGCUCGAACUGGUACAGGCCAAGACGGCGGAAGCCACGGCCAAGCAAGAAGCAGAAGAGGCCAAGCAAAAGCUCGAGGCACUUCGAAGGGCGCACGCGCCCCUCUUGUCAGAGAACCAUGGAUCUUGCGGAGCGUCGAAUUCUCUCGGAGCCAUGGGAGUGUUGGGUCGGCUCACUGGUCAUGCGACGACAGCGUCUACCGAUGGCAAUCUGAAGCCUUUUGCAUCUGCAGCGGCAGGCGCGUCACCGAACACGGGAGGAUUUUGGGGAUGGAGGAGGUGA